AUUUGUCGAUGUGCUCGUGAUUGCCAUUGCGGAAACGAGCGACAUAGGGUUAAAAUACUCACCACAGCCACUUUUCCAGCACCGAUCGACAAUUCGCGACAGUAAUCACCACAUCUAUAUAUUCCCUAACAUUCUUGAAACAAUAAUUAACAAUCAGAGUGAGAAGAGAGGAACGGGCCACUGCCAUUACCCUUUUCUGGGUUUUAUCACUCUAUCGAUUGAAUCAAGGCCGUGUGUUUCAGUACAACCACAAAAAUAUAAUUUUUCCUUUCUUCUUUAACUCCAUUAUGUGUUUCUUGUAGCAGUUUGAUUCUUUUCUUGUGGGAGACCAAAAUCCUAUUACGGUUCAAACAGAGUUGGUUCCGUUGAUCGAAUCAAAAAAUCAGAAAAAGAAAUGUUCUACUUGAGUGAAAUGGAGCACACAAUCCGAUUGCCACCUCAUUUUCUCCAUCUUCCUCUCAAAGAAGCAAUUAAGGAACAGCUUGAGGGACUUUUUUUAGAUAAGGUUAUAUCAAAGUUGGGGCUUUGUUUAUCUGUUUAUGAUAUUCAAUCCAUUGAUGGUGGCUUCAUCUUUCCCGGAGAAGGUUCUCCCACCUAUACGGUAAGGUUUAGGAUGAUAAUGUUUCGUCCAUUUGUAGGGGAGGUUAUAGGUGCAAAACUUAAAGAGUCUGGUUCAAAUGGUGUACGCUUGUCUCUUGGAUUUUUUGAUGACAUCUAUGUUCCCAUCGAUCUAAUGCCAAAACCAUCCCAUUGUGAACCUGACCCAGAAAACAAAAACCAAGUCAGGUGGAUAUGGGAGUUUAAUGGUGAUAAUUAUCCUAUCGAUGGGAUUGACGAGGUUCCGAGUGCUCAGUGUAAAUUAUCCUUCAGUACCUGUUGAGCAAGAAAAAGAAACAAAACCGUUUGCGCCUAUGGUGGUCACCGGAUCACUUGAUGCUGAUGGUUUGGGCCCCAUUUCCUGGUGGGUAUAGUGAAGCUGUUUUGAAAUAUUUAGAAUGAUCCUGUUCCCUAGAAAGCAACGAAGCUGAUGCCAAUUCAUCUUGCAAGCUGACAUUGUCCCUGCUCACGUCAAAGAUAUAUAAGUAGGGUUGUUGAGUUGAAGAUGCAGUGUUGAUUUAUUUCUCAUUUUUUUUGGUUAAUCAGAGGUGGUAGGAAGAAACUGUACUUUUUUAGAUAAUUAAUUAUAGGAAGAAACUAAGUAUCUUUUCCCCCCUCUCUAGUUUUUUGUUUACCCGCAUCUUUUAGCAAAGUGAAGGGUUUAGGUUUCAAUAGAUGGGCAGAAGAUGGCCGGGAGUCAGGACAGCAUAUUCUGUUUUUUGUUUUCUUUUUGAUGAAGUAUAUACCUACGUAACUAUAUAUAAAUAUGUUCACUUGAAAUCCAUUGUUGAGCAUCAUUGUUGAC